AUGGCGACCGCUGAUAGUCCCGUGACUUCGAUGCACUCACGGAUCAAAAUCGAGGACAUGGGCAAGAGUAGGCUCCUCGUCAGCGAGAGCAUGGCUGCGCAUCCUUCCACUGGGCAAAUCGACGUCCGUCGUCUACAGAGAACUAUUAUUCCCAUCCCGUUCCGCACCCUAGCUGGCGUCGACGAAGACGGCACCGCUGUCCCAGCAGAUAGGGAUAUCAUUGAAAAGAAUGUGGAACUAUAUUCUCUGUUGAUCGAAUAUUCUCAAACGUCUCAGAACUCACCUGAGGGUGUGUACUGUAUUCCAUCAUUUGACAAUCUUCGAGUAUGGGACGGAGUGAUUCUGCUACGACAUGGCGUCUAUCAGGGUGGCAUCUUCAAAUUCAAAAUCCAGGUUACCGCCGGAUACCCAGCCGAUCCUCCUAGCAUCGUGUUUGUCUCUCGGGUCUUUCAUCCGCUUGUCGAUCCUGAAACCAGCACCCUCAAUAUCAAGCCUCAGUUUUCGAGCUGGCGCCCCGACAAAGACUAUUUGCCCAUGCUUCUUUUGUAUCUGAAAAGCAUCUUCUACAAGCGAGAGUUUCUCAAAGGGACGGACGCGGAGGACGCUUGGCUAAACCCGGAAGCAGCAAAAACAUUUCGGGAAGACAAGAAGACCUUCCUCGAGAAGAUAAAGGCGUGCGUUGAAGAGUCCAAAGCCAGAGUGUUCGAUAAGGAGGAGAAUUUCGUGUUCAACUUUUCCGAAUUCCACCGUGAGAAGAAGCCGAUCAUUCAGGCUCUCAACGUCCUUUCCCACGACGUCACUUGUGUUGACCCUAAAGAAGUUUUCAUUGAUUGGUUUCUCGGGGAAUGGUCGAACUCUGAGUUUGGGUCGGGAGGCGAAACGGGCGUCAACGUUGUCAGCUCGGACUGA